AUGGCGCUGGAUACCGUGGGAGACUUUCUGAUUCUCGCAAUCCCCGUCAACAUAAUCUGGAAAAUCCGAGUCCGAUGGACUCAAAGGAUCGUUCUGGCAAUGUCGCUCUGCCUUACAGUUGUCAUGAUUGUACUUUCGAUAGUCAGAGUUUCCGGGCUUCUCUACCACGAUAUAGUCGACGCCAUUUGGGAAACAUACUGGCAGUUUCUGAGUGCUGAAGUCGGGGUAUUCCUAGCGGCGGCAGUAUCAUUUCGCUCCUUCUUUGUAGCGCAGAAUCGAUCGCACAGGCCUCCUCCCUUCUCAGUCAAAAGGUUCCUCCGGGAGUCCUUUUCAUCUCACAGACAUCGCCAGCCAGAUUCUAUGUCAAGCACUUGGUUACAUGGCUAUGGUUCCGAGCUGGAAAUUCUAGCCAGUCGCUCUAGCACACGAGAACUUGGCGUCCAGCAGGCCGGAGCACAUGUGGAUGUUGAAGCGAACUCGACACAUUGA